UUUCAAAUCUCGGGGAGACUAACUUCAGAUGCCUAGUACAUGAAACUCAAAUAGCAGCUAACUUCUCGACACAACCCGGUGUUCAAUUACAUCCCAUGUGGGCUAUCAUUGCUAACAUGGGUACGUAUAGAAAUUAUAUGAAGCUGUUGGAAUCUUGGCCAUUGGAUAAUACAAAACCCGGCAGGGAUCUAGCUCAACAUAUACGUGAUCAAUUGAAGCUUGCAUUUGCAAAGGGUGAAAUUAGUGAGGUAAAUCAGGAAGAGUGUGACCGUUAUUACACCAGUCUGAAGAAGAUUUCUACCAACCAUUAUGGGCAAAUGUAUAGACGUACCCUUGAGAGCAGUGCAACUGGAUUAACGAAAGAUCAGUGUAAUUUAAUGCUGUCACCAGAAGCAAUACGUGUCUUCGAGGAAGAAAGUAAAGGGUUUUUCGCACGUAUAUCUUCAAAAUUGUUUGGAAAUAUUAUUAGAAAAAAUGCUUAAUGGGAUGGUUCAUAUACAUAGAUAUAGUGUAAGAUACUUGAACAGAAAUGUGAAGAAUUUAUGUUUGCAACAAAGUAACGUAAUAUAUUUAGGGAGUAAUAGGAAAUGUAGUCAAGUAGCUUCUGAAGCUAGUAGCAAUAUUGAAAAUGAAGUCCAUGUGCCUGUUAUGGCCAAGGAAGUGUUACAAUAUUUAGAACCUUCGCCAGGGAAGAUUUUUGUCGACAUGACGUUUGGUGCCGGUGGGCAUUCUACAAAAAUUUUAGAGAGUUCCGAUGGCGUAAAAAUAUUUGCGUUGGACAGGGAUCCUGUCGCAUAUGAGUAUGCACAGAAGUUGUCAGAGAAAUAUCCUGGCCAAGUAAUACCUUUGUUAGGGAGAUUCUCUGAGUUACCGCAAUUGCUUUGUAAAUAUAAGGUGGAUGUCAAUAGCAUAGAUGGAUUUCUGUUUGAUUACGGUUGUUCAUCUAUGCAGUUUGAUGUUGCUGAAAGAGGAUUUUCUUUGUCAAAAAAUGGGCCUUUGGACAUGAGAAUGGAUGGAUUUAGAUGUCCACUUGAACCCACAGCUGCCGAAGUUUUAGAUCUAAUCACAGAAAUAGAUUUAUGUCGUAUAUUAAAAAUCUAUGGUGAAGAGAAAGCUGCUAAAAAGAUUGCACGUGCCAUUAUUGAGGCUCGACACAUGUUUCGAAGUUUGAGAACGACACAAGAGUUAGCGCAAAUCGUUGAAUCUGUAAUCACUGGAAAUAGGCUUGAUCAGCUUGGUAGGCAGGCUCAUAGUGCGACGAAAACAUUUCAGGCACUUAGAAUUUUUGUGAACAAUGAAUUGAACGAAAUUAAUUAUGGUAUCGUUCUCGCUGGAUCAUACUUGAAGACCAAUGGUCGUUUAGUAACGAUAGCUUUUCAUUCUUUAGAAGAUACUAUUGUCAAAAGGCAUAUCUCCGCAAACAUACACGAAACUGUAGCUAAUAGAGUGCCAUUAAAAUAUUCAAAUUACGGUAGAAAUUUUAACAAAGAGGAAAUGGCAAGAUUCAACAGAAUACCUUGGAAAAUGUUACAUAAACACGUAAUAACACCUUCACCAGAAGAAGUGAAUGUUAACCCGAGAUCACGUUCUGCGAAAUUACGAGCGAUUAGUAAAGUGAUUUAAAUUAUCGUCUUUAUCAUUAAAUUUGUAAAUACAAAAUGUACAUGUUUUUAUUAAGAUCGUUCAAAUACAAAUGGGAAUCUAUUGUA